AGACACACGGGCACAGCCCUCAGACACACGGGCACCGCUGGUCCCCCUUCUCCCGGCACCGGCUGCCGCGGGACCCCGAAAACCGAGCCCGACUGUCCCUCAGCUCGGGACUCUCCCUGCUCGGGCCCCACGUUACGGGCUGUGACGCUGCCCUGGCCGCAGAGCGCGGGGCGCUGUUGGGGGCACUCAGUGCACCGCUGCGGGGAGGGAGAGAAAAAAAAAAAGUCGCAGAGUUUGGGAAACGCGGAGCAGUGAUCCGUACCCAGCUCCGCGCGCGGGGGAGCGUGUGUAGCACCAAGGGACGCCCCCGGGCAGGAGCGUCCUUAUGGAGAAAGGUCCGAACCGCUGAAGUUUAACCUUGGGGCUGGGACGUUUCCCAGGCUGGCACACGCACCGUAAGCCGCCUGACUGGAGGGGAAGGGGUUGUGGUGGGACAAGCAAGAAGGAGUGUGUUUAAAGCAGGGGGAUCUGCCAGUGAGGGAGGUUGUGAUGCCAUCCCGAUGGAGGUAUCGAUGUCACCGAGGAGAGAGGGAGUGUGAUGAGGAAAAUUCCAUCUGGGUAGACUCAACAACAUGGCUUUGGAGUAUGAUAAGAUGGAGGAAUUAUCCUGAGCCCUGCCUUCCUCUGGAUAUUACUUAGAGAUACUGGUGUAUGCUGAGGAAUGAGCUGCAUCAUGACCUAGAUGACCAUGGACUUACCAGAUGGGCCACCCAGAGAAGUGCAAGUCGUUGCCACAUGUGCAGUUUGCUUUUCAUCCUCUUCUAUUAGCUGUGCCAUUAUUAUGUACAUUCUUAGAUACUGUAAAGGAGCUCUUUAUCUUACAUUCAGCUUAAUUUGACUUGUUUUAAGAGUGGUCUGGGAUUUGGGAAGAUACCAAGUCAUGCUGCUGACUCUCAUAACACAUACCCCAUUUUUUAACGCAUCCAACAAGCUACAAGGUUGACCUUCACUUAGACAGCAUGGAACAUGAUACUGCAAGAGGAUUGUAUAAAGAAGUGUGUAUAAAGUGUGUGUUCGGGUGGCUGGUGUUAGCACACAGUGGAAAGUGCCUGAAGGCCUAGGAGAGUAAUUUAGGAUUUAUGCAAACACCCUAACUGGCUCAGUUUGCCCUCUACUUGAGCAAGAAUAGAGAUGCCCAAAGAACAGGAGUGUUUCCAUAUCACUAAGCAACUGCCAGUGGCUAGUAGUAGAAAAGUUAAAAUUUAUUUAAUGAGUUAUGAGUCUGGAAAUCCCUCAGGACAGGGCGUUUAGUAGGGAGAAUGAAAUUGAAUAAACUACCAAAGAACAGACUCAGCCUAACAGCAUACCUUUAAUGAAUACAUAUUUUUUCAUUCCCUAGAAAAAUUAGACUGGGAUUAGAAAUGGGGAAUACUGUCUCUGUGAAAGACAACAGCCUUUGUGUUGUCUGAACUCUCUUUGUUUUGCAUUUCACAAUGAGGAAGUCACAUUAUCAGGAAACCUACUGCAGUAUAAGAAUACAAAGUGCCUGGUUUCUUUCUUCUCAAGUCAGAAAAGUCACAUGAUUUAGAAGUUGAAGUCUCAGCAAAAAAAACAGCCAAACAUUUUCUCCCUUGACUGUUUUUGAAAGUCCUGCUUUAAUUUGCUAAGAAAUAUGCUGAUACUAUGUUGCCUGAGUUAAUACAGUUCAUUGAAUUUAGCUUUCAAAUUCACAAGGCAGAAGGAAAAAAUAUUAAAUUAUUUUAAUAUUCAUUUCAUGAAGUGUUAAAAAAAGUUUCAUGAAACAAUAGGAAAUGCAGAUAAUUUAGUAAAAGAAGGAGGAAAAUUAAAAAUAGCUAAUUAAAAUACCUAUAUCUUGGACGCUGUAGUACAAUUAUUUAGUUAUGUAUUAUUAGGGGUAUUUUUCCAGAAUAAGUAAGUUUAGUAAGAAUGGUGAGAAUAUUUUACAAAAAGAUUUUCCAAAAGAAUUCAGUUUAUGAAUUAAUGAGACUGAUUUCGCUUGUGUUUUACACCUUCUUCCUUUGUCUCAGAUCUGUUUGACUUUGAGCAGUUUCAUGUCAUCUUGACAAAGCUGAGGCCAAUAAUGAAAUCUCUAAUUACCUGCACAAGGCUUGGAUUUUAUCCCUCAGUGCUCACAGCCUGUUGAUCUGCCCUUUUCUCCAAGGAAUGAGUAGUGGCAAUUCUCCUGAAAAGGAUCAACAUUUUUUUAAAUUAUGCAGAUAUGUGUGCUGGCAGAUGGUUAGCAAAUGUGUUCAAGGUAAAUCAACGUUGAACUAAUCUGUUACAAUGAAAUAUGCACUGAAGUCUGAAGUAGCUCACUUCUGUGCCAGCCAGUAGCUUCUUCCAUGCAGAACCUGCUGACUGUGAAUCCAUCUGCAUUUCCACCAGGAGGGUUGAACUUUGGUGUUUGAGAAAGUAAAAUGGUUUGAACUAUCUAAAAUGUACAUAAUUCCUAUUAUUCUUACUGUAUCUUCUCCCUAAAUAUUACUCAUAAGAGAAACAGAAGAAUUUGGGCAAAAUAGCAAGCAGCACUUUCUUCUUUAACAUGCAACAGGAACUUUUAUAAUCAGCUGUUAAUAAAAGUACAUGGAGCAUUAUGUAGUGGCUGAGGCAAGUUUCCCCACAUCCUGCCCAGAGAUGGAGGUCUUUUCUAGUCUGAAGAUACAGGAAAUAGCCAAAUCAGUUCCCCCAGUUCCUUUCACAGCAAUGUUUGGGUAGGCAGGAAAGUCCGAUCGGAAGAAUAUCGCGAUGUACGGGAAGAUAGGGCUCCACCCCCCUCCAGUUAUGUUAGCCAAUAGCAAGAUAGUGAUGGUGUAAGCGCACUGGGGUUAUAUAAGGCAGUGCAAAGAGGAAAUAAAGGCUUUUCACCAUCCACCAUAUUGGUGUCCGCGAGUGAUUAGCCCGAACGGCCUGUACGUUAGCCAUUGUGUCUUUCUUGGACCGGGUCACCUUGCCUUGUGGGAGAGGCAACAAGUGGUGCCGAAACCCGGGAAGCCGUCUCCCCUCGCCACGCAGGGAGGUGUGGCUGGGUGUUGGGAAACACGCCGGACGAGUGAAAGACGGCCAGAGCGGCGGGACUGACUUCAGCGGGGAGGACGCUCCCUUACUGACGAGAUGGAAGCCCUCGUCAAGGUCCGGAGCUGUGAUUUCCCUCGCCAACUUCGCGUUCCAGCACCAAAGAAUAACACUCCAGCAGCUCCUGAGAGGCGGACGCCGGUGAUCUCUCAGCAAUGUUCAUGCCUCUGUGUUUUUCUGUUCCUAAUCUUGUUUCCCGCAGGGCAAGCAAACUCGGACCACCAUCCCUAUCAACCAGACACAUGGAUGCUCCGCAAUCCUACUGAUGGUAGAGUAAUAGCACAAACCGUAUCAAAUAACCCCAGCUUUGUUGUUAACCUUAAUGACAUAUUUUACCCACAAGGCGUUGGUCAACAUGUUUAUUGGGGAACAUAUUGGUGCCCCAGUUCCAACCCCGGAAAAAGCUAUUGCACCUAUCCUGGUUAUUGGUUUUGUGGGUACUGGGGUUGUGAAACCAUAGUAACUAGUGACAGAUGGGCACCAAUUAAAGGAGAUGAAUUCCUAGAAGUAAAUUAUUGGCCACAAAAUUGUGAAGCACCCACCUUUGAUACAGAUGGAAUGGUGAAGAAGAGGGGAAGCUGUACUCACCUAAAAGUAACGGUCCUGCAGCCACAAGACAAAAAUUGGUCCUUAGGCAAAAUGUGGUCGGUAUUCCUUCACAAAUGGGGUACAGACUGGAGCACAGUCGUUCAAAUUAUUAGGGUGCUUCCUCAAUCCUAUGCUGCCAUUGGACCCAACAAAGCUUUAAUUCAAGUGCAAAACAAACAUAAAGGUGUAGUAAACCCUCAAGUAACAAGCAUUGCUAAUGCCACACUCAAGCCUGGCUCUUUAAGCUCGCUGUCCAUUAACUCGACAUAUCCCCAUAGUGCGCUCGAAGCAACCUCCUAUGAUUUAUUUCACCGUAUGUUAGAUGCUGUUUUUUUAUCACUAAACGCAUCAGAACCAAACCUUACUAACUCUUGCUGGCUUUGCUAUAAUGCCAGUCCUCCUUUUUAUGAAGGUGUGGCCCUUAAUGCCCCAUUCAAUUACUCCAAAGAUAGCAGCCCUAAGCAAUGUUUAUGGGAUACCCCUCGAAAAGGAAUCACCCUAGAACAAAUUUCCGGUCAAGGAGUCUGUGUAGGCAAUCAGCAAUUAAUGCAACAAAACAAACACGUCUGUAAAACUAUCGUUGCCAUAAACAAUACGUACUCCUGGGCUGUUCCUUCAGCUCCAGGGGUGUGGGCCUGCAAUACCACAGGUAUUACCCCGUGUAUUUCGAUCAAAGACUUUACUGAGGCUAACGACUUUUGUGUUCAAGUUGUUAUUAUCCCCAGAGUCCUGUACCACACAGACGAUGAGGUAAUUCGUUACCUCGGAGGAAGUCUUCAGCACCAAAAACAGGAACUGGUGACUAGCAUUAGCCUCGCAGUAAUCCUCAGCUUGGGAGCAGCAGGCACGGCAACAGGCGUCUCAGAUUUGGUGUCCCAAAAACAAGGCCUAACACAACUUCACACUACCAUCGACAAGGACCUACAUAGGAUUGAAAGUUCCAUCUCCUUUCUAGAAAAGUCCCUCUCCUCGCUUUCUGAAAUGGUAUUACAGAACAGACCCGGACUAGAUCUUUUAUUCAUGCAUCAAGGAGGUCUGUGUGCCGCCCUUAAUGAAGAGUUAUGUUGUUUUUAUGCCAACCAUUCAGGUGUAAUCAGAAAUUCAAUGGCAGAACUUCGGGAAAGGCUAGCACAACGCAAGACAGAACAACUUCAGCAAAGCUGGUUUGAAUCACUUUUUAACCACUCUCCUUGAGUUGCUACCAUUAUAUCUACCCUAAUGGGGCCAGUUAUAAUCAUUGUACUUGUGCUUAUAUUCGGCCCUUGUUUUCUUAACAAGCUAGCACAAUUUGUUAAAGCCUGCUUGAGCAGAAUUAAUAUUAUGCUUUUAGAACAAAAGCAGCUAGUUUAAUUAGUUUUAACAGUUUUGUUUAAAAUGUUGCCAUAUAUCGUAUUAUGUUACAUCUGCAGCUUUCAUACUUUUAUUAUUAACAUGCAUUUACAAGUUAAUACUUUGCAUGAAUUAAACGUUAUGUAGUUUUGUUUAACCAUGGAGGGGGGGGGAAAUACGGGUAGGCAGGAAAGUCCGAUCGGAAGAAUAUCGCGAUGUACGGGAAGAUAGGGCCCCACCCCCCUCCAGUUAUGUUAGCCAAUAGCAAGAUAGUGAUGGUGUAAGCGCACUGGGGUUAUAUAAGGCAGUGCAAAGAGGAAAUAAAGGCUUUUCACCAUCCACCA